AUGUGUUGUUCUUCUUUUCAUUUUGAAAGAACUGUCUUUAUUUUAUCGGGUUCAUUAAAUCCCACAAAUUGGAAAGUAAUCAUGACAUCUGGUCUUUUUGCAUCGUACGUGGAAGACUUCAAUGAGAGUGUAGAACGACUACAGGCGACGGCGCAGAGUCUUCGCAACUCGAUGAUCUCCCAAGAGAACGGUGAACAAGUACAACAAAAACAACAACAACAACAACAAUCGCAUAUCUCAACAACAACAACAACAACAAUAGGAACUUCACCUGUAGCUGUACCCAUUAGUACUACCGAACGAGUAGUGAAUGGCUCUGUGGACCGUGCACAGCAGUUGCAUGUAUUGCAGCAGGGCGUAGCACACCUGCGGGAUCUCGUUACGAGUAUGUCGUAUGAGAGUAACGAUGUGUCUGAGCGAUCUGCACAAGAAGAGGCGAAGCGGCAGGUGGCGGCGUGCAAACAGACCGUUGUGGAGAUGGAGAAGGAAAUGGCGCGGCUGCGGCAGGAGGCGCGGGAGGCGGACAGACGUGAUCUUCUCACCGGCAGCAGUUAUCAUAAUAACAAUAAUAAUAAUAGUAAUCACUAUUACCACAACAACGGCGGAUUGCUGGGGGAUGUGGAGGAUGAGGACCGUGCACGCAUGCUGGACAACACAUCGCGACUGCGCGGCGGUACGGCGGUGCUGCAGAAGGCGGAGUCACUCCUGCAGGGCGCGCAGGAUACAGGCAUCUCAACAUUAAAUACACUUCGGGCACAGACAGAGACCAUACAAAAUAUUCGGAAUACCAUUCAUGAUGCCGACGCGGAGGUGAUGGACUCACGACGGAUUGUGAAUCGCAUGCAGAAUACAGCGUUAAAGCAUAAGAUAAUUCUGAUUGGGAUUAUUGUAGCUUUGGUGUUUCUUAUUAUAGGAUUUAUUGUAAUCCGGUAG